AAAGGUGGUGGUUUGUUCUAUGUCUUUAUCUUCUUCUUUGUGUCAUUCUGUUUGUUUAUAAAUAUCUACCUUUCUACAUCUCCAAUUCUCCAUCAUUCUUCUUCCACAAUUUUUCGGUUUUUGAUAUUUCCCAGAAAAAUAAGGAAACUGAUAAUAAUAAUUAAUAAUAUCUUCAUUAAUUUUUUGCAAAAUCUAAGACCAACCCAUUUUAAUUCCCCUUCAAAUCUAUAAAACCCAUGUCUUAGAACCUUUAAUUUUUCAUCUGUUCGUUUAUUGGUGCUCCCACUUCCUUUUUUUUUUUGUUGAAUUUUCUCUAUUCAAAAACCGCCAUGGCUGCAGCAGCUUUAAGAUCGAAAUCAAGCAAAGAAACAGCUAUGUUAACAGCUAACCAAUUUAGAUACUUUGUGAUGAAUCAGAUGCAUAUGGGUACAACAAUGACAAGUUCUUACAAUACAUAUAAAACUAGACAAGAAGAUUACUUUACUAAUACCCCUUAUCAUUUUAUGGCUUUUAAGCCUCUUUCACUUCGUGGGGAAUUCAUUGACAAUCAUAAAGUCAAUAACUUUAUGGGUUUGAGUCAUAAUAAGAGGAAUUCUAAUGCUUUGAAUUGUUCAAAGGACCCGCCAGAGGUGUGGCAGCCUCCUAUUGAUGGUGUUGUGGUUCGGGCCCGAGGUGGUGAGGGUGGAGGUGGUGAAAAUGGUGGUGGUUCAAAUGACGGUGCGGGCAGGGGUGGUGGGUUUGGAUUCAAUUCAAAGGAUGGUUAUUGGGGUGGAUCAAAUUUGGGUAAUAGCUUCCCUACUCCUAAGGAGAUUUGUAAAGGACUUAAUAAGUUUGUAAUUGGGCAGGAGAAAGCUAAGAAGGUGCUCUCUGUUGCUGUUUACAACCAUUAUAAGAGAAUUUAUUAUGAGUCCUUACAGAGGCAAUCGGGGGAGUCAUCAAAUAUAGAACAAGACCCCGCUGAUGAAGUUGUGGAACUUGAAAAAAGCAACAUACUUGUUACGGGGCCCACAGGAUCAGGGAAGACUUUACUUGCAAAAACUUUGGCGAGGCUGGUGAAUGUACCUUUUGUAAUUGCAGAUGCUACCACAUUGACUCAAGCAGGAUAUGUUGGAGAAGACGCGGAGUCAAUUUUAUACAAGCUUCUCAUGGUGGCCAAUUAUAAUGUGGAAGCUGCACAACAAGGCAUUGUGUAUAUUGAUGAAGUUGAUAAAAUCACCAAAAAGGCGGAGAGCGUGAAUAUUAGUAGAGAUGUAUCAGGAGAGGGUGUCCAACAAGCAUUAUUGAAAAUGUUGGAAGGAACGAUUGUAAAUGUUCCUGAAAAAGGAGCACGGAAACACCCUAGGGGUGACAAUAUUCAGAUUAACACGAAAGAUAUUCUUUUCAUCUGUGGGGGUGCUUUUAUUGACCUGGAAAAAACUAUUUCAGAGAGGCGGCACGAUUCUUCUAUUGGUUUCGGUGCUCCUGUACGCGCAAACAUGAGAACGAGUGGGCCCACUAGUGCAUCUAUAGCUUCAUCGUUGUUGGAUAAUGUAGAAAGUACUGAUCUUAUAUCCUACGGUUUGAUUCCAGAAUUUGUCGGAAGAUUCCCAAUCCUUGUUAAUUUGUCAGCCCUAACCGAAGAUCAAUUCGUCGAGGUUCUGACGGAGCCAAAGAAUGCACUAGGGAAGCAGUACAAAAAGAUGUUUCAAAUGAACGAGGUGACAUUACACUUCACGGACGAAGCAUUGAGAUUGAUUGCUAAAAGGGCGAUAAAUAAGAAUACAGGAGCUCGGGGAUUGAGGGCCAUACUGGAGAAUAUCCUUAUGGAUGCCAUGUACGAGAUUCCUGAUACAAGAACGGGGGACGAUAUCAUCGAUGCUGUCAUUGUCGAUGAAGAAGCAGUGGGGUUAGAAGGAAAAGGCCGUGGAGGUAGAAUCCUUUACGGAAAAGGAGCCCUAGACCGCUUUCUUUCACAACAAAAACCGAAAGAGUUUGAAGGCUCCGAAGAAGUCGAGGCAGAAACCGAGCUGCCUUCUGUUGUUGCGAGUAUGUAAAUUUGAAGGAUCUAGGGAUCCCGUUUGUAGUUUCGUCGUUGUACAGCAUCCAUAAAACUAAAAUAUAAGACUAAUCCAUUUUAGAAGAUAGAUGGAUGGAUGAAGGGGUAAAGGGGAUUACAAAAUUUGAUGUAUCAUAUGUAUAGAUUUGUAUCAUUUUAACUUCAUAAAAUUUGAUGUAUCAUAUGUAUCAUAUGAUUACUCCAAUGUCAAAACGGAAUACUUUUUGGUUU